UGGAUGUUUUCCCCCGCGUCGAUCCCAGCUUGAAACCCUUGCAAGUAUCGGCGCAAGCAAUGCCGCUGAGUCAUCCGCUUCCAAAUCCAGUCAAGUCGACUUUUUUUAGUAUACCUUCGUCCCUCCCCCGCGGUCCAGGCAACACAUAACUCCUGUCGGAAUUGAGGUGCCGAUGACUGAGCAAUCCGGAGUCAUUCAGGGAAUCUGUGUCGCCAGGAUCAAAAACGUUGCAGUGGAUUCAUCAGAUCCCUGGUUUGCUAAUGAUAUCCCGCUAGCAUGAGUGGUCAAUCUUCGUCUCAACGUGCUGGUGGUCGGGUCCGAAGUGCUUGUGAUUUGUGCAGGCAGAGAAAGAUUCGCUGCGAUAACGUCCAGCCUAGCUGUGAGACGUGUUGUCUUGCCGGCGUGCCGUGCACCUUCACAGAUCAACCUGACCUGUCCCGAAAAAGUCUUCGAGAUCAGCUCCAGGAUGCCAGAGCGAGAAUACAUGACCUAGAAGCGCAAUUGGCCGUCCACCGGUCUUCGCCCCCCACGGACUGCAGCGAGCGAAGUAACUCCGAUGACAUCUCAGAGAGCCCUUGGCUUUGCUUGAUGACUCUGGACCACCUUCCAGACAGCUACGAUCUAGACGCUUCUCUGGGAACGUUUCAAGGAGAAAUUGCUCAUUGCGGAGUGGGGAAAGCCGGCUCCGUUCAACGAUCGUCGUUCUUCUCUACGGUCUAUGAGAAGACCGGCUCUCCAAUCGAUCUCGACCAUUUCCUUACCCAGGCGGCACAGUCUCUCAAAUUCCAGGGCCUCCAGGAACGGACAGGUCCGAAACGGUCACUUUCACCGAAAUGGCCUCCCACGUCUCUGGUCCAACACUCCAUUAAUCACUAUUCCAGGAGCGGGCUCUAUUCUAUCUUUCCAGUUGCAAAUGCUGAUGCGUUGAGCAAAUUGAUUCAGGAGGGUAUACUGGAUCACCAAGAUGGCACCGUUCCCGCAGCUAAGCUAACAUGUCUUUUUGCAUUCACUGCGAUGAUGAGUGUAAUGCACCGGCUCGAUCCGGCUUUCGUCGGUGCUGAACCUGAUGCUUACAUCCAGGCUGCAUUGUGCCUCGUGCCCAGAGUCCUGAUGGAGAAGCCCACAAUUAGGAGCCUGGAGGCUAUUGUCUUGAUCAUGACUUACGUGAUGCCAGGUGCUCAAGUUGAACAAGGUCAAAUGCUACUAUCUCUAGCUACUCGAAUGAUUUUGAGCCUCGACGGCCAUCGAUAUUCCGUCAUCCACGAACCAGAAGGGAGACACCUCCGGGCUCUCUUCUGGUUCUGCUACGGUGCAGAUAAGAACAUGGUCAUUCGCUACAACUGCUCGCCGCAUUUCAUCGACGUGGAUUGCGAACUGCAGAUCCCGGACAACUAUGUCUCGUCAUCCUCCGACCACCAAUUCUUCUCGCGGCCACUUUCAAACGACGAACUCCUCUUUCCCUCGGACAUCCGACUCUCCCUCCUCAAAUCCAAGGUUUAUCAUCUGCUCUACUCCGACCAUGCUCGAGCUCAGCCUGAGGCGCGUCGCCUGCAAUACAUCCGCGAACUGGAUCAGGAGCUCACCGACCUCAAGGCCACAUUCCCGGUCAGCUGCUGGCCGGACCUCUUCGCCACGGAGACGGCACCCAACUACACCUUCCACGACCUGAGUUUGCGGGGAGUAUGCCUCCAUCUGGAGUUCUAUUUUCUUGUUGGCAAGAUCCACGGGGCGAGCGGCACUGUCGGCAGCAGCAGGAGUAAUCCCAGCUGGUCGAUUCUGCCAUCCAGUGCCGAGCUCUUCCAUCAAGAAUCCCGGUCAAUUCUUGUCUACAUUUGUCGGACGCGGGAGUUUCUCAAUUGGCAUACUUUCUGGAUCUACGCUCAGUUCCUCCUUACCGGCGUCUUCUCGCUCUUCAAAUUCCUCAUCACCUACCCCACGGCGCCGUCACACGCGAACGAUAUCCAACUGCUGCAAACCGUGGUGGAUAUCUUUGUAGGAUUGGACAAGAAAGAGUCGUCAGGCAUGAGGGGGCGCUUUCCGCCGUUCUAUUUCACCGUGUGCCUGGUCAAGCGGUUGAUGUAUUUGGCAAGACAGGCUGCCGCGAGGGCUGCCGUAUGACAUUAGUCACUCAACGUAGUUAGUAGCAACAAAG